UAACCUCAGACUGCACCAGAGGAGGGGUCAGGUUGGACAUCAGGAAGAAUUUUUUCACAGGAGGGCUUGUCAGGCAUUGGAAUGGGCUGCCCAGGGCGCUGAUGGAGUCACCAUCCCUGGAGGUGUUUAAGAAAAGAACAGRUGURGCACUUAGUGCCAUAGUCUAAUUUACAAGUUGAUGAUUGAUCAAAGGUCGCACCCGAUGAUCUCAGAGGUCUUUUCCAAACUAAUUGAUUUCUGUGAUUCUGAUCUUGGAGGAAAUUGCUGGAAUACUGUGUUUUUUUGGAAUACAGUAAUGUUGCUUUCACUGGUAACCCUCUUCCCCUACCUGGGAGGUGUAGCUAGAGAGUAGCUGUUGCUGCAUUUGCCUUCUGCAUCUCCUGCUCACCCGCKGGACUCUGACCCUGCACCCUGCUUCUCAGUGUCUUCUCUGAAAUGGCUUUCCAGGUAUUGGUCUACCUCGGAUCAGUAAACAGACAUUUUUUAAAAGCUCUGCUGCAGAGGCAAGUGCUGUUCUUGAAGGAUAAGGAGCCUGGGUGAACUCUAUGGAGCUGCUGUCUGCAGCCAUGCCCUGCUGYCCUGAAGCCAUCCUGGCCAAAUUCCUCACCCUGCUGCCCAUCCAACAAAUGGGGGUUCUGAGGGAAAACUGUGCAUUGGGAAUGCUGAGCUUAUGUGGGGUUAGCAGGGCAGGGAUGGUCUGUGCCUCCUGUGAACUGUCCCCAAAGCCAGAAAAGCAGGGCAGGGCAAUGGGAGCUCAGUGGAGGGCUUGGGAAGGGCUGAAGGGGAUGAGCAUGUGAUGAAGGAGGGAUUUGGGACCUGGGGAUGAUACACAGAGAGCAACAUCAUCAGUGGAGAGGGAGCUGGAGGAGUUUGCAUUUCUUCAAGGUGCUCUCCUCAUCUUCCCUAUGGAGGCUGGGUGAAGGCUGCAGCCAUGGCUGUUGGCUUUCCUGGCGUUUAUGUAAACUAUGUUUCUGUCACCAACUGCUCAGAUACUCCCAUGUUCUCUGGCCGUGUCUGGAGACACCGGGAGGAGGGCAGAGUAUAUUGUCAGGGCUCGAGCUCCUCAUACCCGCAGCUUCAAGGCUGGUCUCCUUGGAGCAUCUCCCCUUGACAUGGGAAAGGUUGAGAAUUUCUGACCUUUUGCUCUUGCUGUGCAGUWAUAGUGUCUACAUCCAAGGAUGUCUGUUUUCUAAUAUCCACUCUCCCAGCUCUUGUUUACAAGGUCUCUAAUGCACACAGCAGGGCAUGAGGUGGAUUUCAGAUGUGAACAGAGCUGGAUCAAAGUACAGCCUACRUCUCUGGAGCUAAUGUCUCUCUUUUGCCAUGGAAGAAGUAAGAUGCAGAGGGACAAAGCUCCUCUGUCAAAUUAAGUGACUCCAUUUCUCCUCAAGGCUGAUGUCCAAUAGUCUCUAUGCCUCCUUGGCUAACAUAACACAUUAUUAUCUUUUUUAAGAUCCACAUAUCCCUUGAGACAUGUGGUUUGGAAAAGGUUCCUGUAUCACAUCUGCUUGGCAGCAGCCACUUGAYGUAGUCUCUUUCUAAUUGAAAAAGUGUUUUGCUGCCUUCUGGGAAUUCUUGGAGGAUAUUUAUUUUAGUGAAGUGAAAUCCAGAAGUAUGUCCUUUAGGGAGCAGCUGCAGCACUGAGGGUCCAAGAACUGCCUGCAGAUUAAGGAAUUUGGUAGAAAGUGGAAAAAGCCCUCCACCAUAGUUGUGUAGACACAUUAUGUGUGCAGGUAUAGACAUACAUAGGGAUAUCCCUGUGUGGCACAGGCGCAUACGGGCUGUGAGAGGGCAAGCACAGGAGGUCUAGCCAUUACAUUUAUAGUUGUGCCUUCUUUACAACGGAUGUAUCGCUGCUUGCAUUUGCUUCUCUCAAAGGUACAGGACAGUGUCAUCUCCAGACCCAAGGGCAGUCUCUGCAGCACCAGCAAUUCCCACACGGAGUUUCUAUGUUUUGCUCACCGUGACCUUCUGGGCCACCAGGGAGACACAGUGGGGUCCUGCCAGCCUCAUGCAAUGAACUGUCACUUGCCAGGAUUCACACUAGGCUUCCCAGGACACUGAGCUGCUGCUCAGGAUCCUGACCGCUGCUGAUUGCUUGCUGUGCUGCUGGCAGGGUGGGAUCRAUGUCCAGUUUGGGACACUGGGCAGAGCCAAGCCCAUCACCAUCCUCUGUGCCCUUAGCAGACUGGGUGACCAAGCUGGACUCUUCUGUUUAAAGGGUUCCACAUGAGUGAGGGACAGGCUUGGGGCUGUCCAUAUUCACCCCGGUGAGAAGAGCCAUCUCCUUCRCCCUUUCCAUCUGGGACCGUGUCACUGCUGGAAGCUGGGAAUGGCACCACAUGGACCCAGGACAAGGGCCAGCAGCCUGGCAGUCAGGCACUAGCUGAGCCUGAGCACCAUCACAGGGCACAGAGCUGCCAGGGGGCUGCCAGCAUCCCCGCCACGGCUGCACUCCAGGGAUGUAGGUGCUGGCCACAGGAGGGGUCCCGGCAGCCAUGGGCCGGCUCGAUGACCAUGCCAAGAGGAGAAUCGUGGAGCUGCGCAGGGCUGGGCUGAGCUUCCGCAAGAUCAAGAAGGUGCUGGAGYUGGAUGACAUCCGGGUGACGCCACAGGCCGUGUACCUCUUCCUCAAGAGGAAGAGCGUGGAGCCAGGGUCAGUGGCAGCUGGCUGGGAUGGGGACCAGUCUUGGUCCCCACUGCAGGGRCACGAUGCUGAGUCCCCCCGGCUGCUUGGCACCUGGCCCUCUGCAGGGCCCACCGAGGAUCCCACGGACAGCCAGGCACCCUGCUCCGCUGGCAGCCAGGACACCAAGGAGGGCAUCCAGAUUGUCAGUGUGGCCUCGCUCUGCAAGAACAGUGGGCAGCUCGGGGACACCCUGCCCAUGGGGCUGGCCCCUGGGAAUGGUGAUGACAGCUCCACAGGCACAUCCCUGGCACUGGGGACUACUCUGGGGGGUCUGGCCAUCCCCCCCCAGCCACUGCCCAGCCAGAGGCAGCUGGUCACACCCCCCACCCAGAACUCACACCUGAUGRUGAAAAAGAAGACUGUGGACAGGGCUAUCCUCCUGCAGAAAAAGGUCAAAGAUGCCAGCACUCAGACUGCUCUGCCAAACCCUGCGGGUCCGGRAAAUCACAACGUUGCUUGGGGUGGMCCAGUGCUCCCCACUGCUCCCAGCUGUCCUGCCAUUGCUGAGAAGCUGGACGCUGUACAGACAGAGGUCCAGAAGCUGAGCCAGACCCUGCACGCUGUGCUGGAGUGGCAGUGCCGCCUGGAACGCCAGCAGGAGCACCAGCAGCGGCUGCAGCAGGAGGUGCUGAUGACCCUGCAGCAGCUCAGCUCCACUGUGAGCCAUGGYGCCGUGCCAGCCACCCAGCCCUGUGGCUCCUUCAGUAGCAUGGCUGAGCCCUCGCCCACCGUGCUGAACUUCAGCCAUUUCAAGAUGGAGCUGAUCUGAGCUCCUUCAAGGCCCAUGUGCUCCAGCAGUGUGGUGCUGAAGGCAGGAUGGAGCCAGGAGGAAGAACCAUCUCUCAAGCAUCUGCCCAAGGAUUACGUGCAGCACACAGUACAGAAGAUCCCUGGUGCCUCAGGUUCCCAGUCCUGCUGACCGGAAGGGGCUGCCUGGCACAAGAGACUGGACAGUGGAAGGCUGAGUUCUCACGCCUCCUGUGCUGUUCAUCCUGGCUGGCACUGGAACUGGCUGGGGCCCAUGGACCUCAGCAGAAGGCAGCUGCCUGCAAGGAGAAGAUGCAGCUCAGAUGGACACAGCAGGGAAGUGUGACUCCAAGAAAACGCAAGGCUUUCUUCUCAUGAGAGUCAAUGCUGUGAUAAUCAGUCCUGCCCUCCCCUCCACAGAGCCUUGUWCAGUAGAAAUCUAUCUAUGCCAUGGUCCAGAACCAGUGUGGGAUCAGUAUCUGCAUUUUCCCCUCACCUGACCAGUGAGCAGGCUAGAUGCGUGUGGGUCACUCUCACCAUGCAUGAAACUGCAAAGCGUACAGAAACCCAUGAGGUGAGAGCAGCACUCCACACACUAAGGAUGUUGUUGGAGUCUGGCAUCAGCUGCUGCACCAUUAGGGAUAGCUUAGACUGUGUAGGAAACAAUCUUUUACUGAGCAGAUUCAUUCUCCUCACCCCACAAACUCAGCAGACUCAGAAUCUGGGACUGCUGCUGCCCACUGUCUGGCAGGAUAAGGGCAGGACCAUAGCAGUAAGAGUUGCACCUGGGCAGGAGCUGAUGAACUGUAAGUUCAGCUCUCCUGUAACCCACUUUCCUGGGCAGGACAGCCUCCUGGUUGUGAUCCCCAGCAGCAAGGGUUGUCCCUACAGCAGGCUGCUGGUGCUGCAGUGCUGCUCAAGCAGAGCAGGGCCUGAUGCUAGAACCACCAUGCCUGGAACAGAAGGGUGCAGGGGUGGCUGAUGUGCCCUWACUCCAGAAGGACCAGAGACUGGCCUUGCCUGCCAGGUGGAAAGGUCUGAUGGGGGUGACCUUGGUUCAUCAGAAAGCAGUGAAUCCUGAGAGAAGGCUGAGCAUGUCCUUCCUCAGCAUCAGCCACACCAGUUCUGUCUGUGCAGGCACCGUACUUGGCACAACCUGUGCCUACAGGAAGUCCCCAGCCUGUUUCUUAGGUCUCGUGUAGUCCAAGGUCAAAAUUAAGGGUAAAAAACAAUUCAGGUGUCUGURCACAGAUAGAGCUGUACACACAUGCACAGAUGUAGAUAGAUGUAUGUGUACACCUGGGCAUUUAGAAAGUCUGUGCAGCAGCCCCAGUGUAUGGGGGAGCUGGACACCCCCUCUGAGACACAUCCCUGGCCCCAGGGCUGUCAGACCCAGCUGUGCCCAGGAGAAUUAGAAGUUUGCUGCAAUCUGCUUGCGGUCAUUCAUUUCGAUGUUGGUGUAAUUUUGGGGACRUCUGAAAAGUAACAGAUGAAGAAAAACACAUGGUCAGUUGCUCUGCUCUUUUGCACAAGGCAGCUAAUCUGCACCUCAGCUUUGAAAAGAGGCUGGAUGACCAGCACUCAGCAGUCACUGUUUCCUAAUGUCUCUGUCAAUGUUUUGGAGAAAAACAGCAGCAGAACUGCUGCUAUUCCAUGGCACAUGUACAUUAACUUAAAACCACCCUGGUUUUCUGAAAGACCUUCCCUAAAUCUGACUUAGGSUAUUUUUAAAAUUAGUUUUAAAAAMCACAUAUACUGGGUUUUCUAUUCCCCAAAUGUAUUCUAAGAACUUCCCUCAUUYCCAGCUCUUGCACAUCAGCCCCUUAUCCAGUGCUGAAAGACGAACAGYAAAAAUUGUUUAAAAUAAAUCACCUGGGCUGGUUAUAUGACCCAUCCACUGUAACAUUCAUUUCAGUUAGCCAUACUGCUUGAGUGUUCACCUGCUGUUUGCCUCCUAACCACAUCAGGGAACACCAGGUUGUUAUUUAAAGUGGUAUCAUGUUAUAACAUGGAAGAUGUUUCCUACCAAGGUAGUUUUAAAGUGUCUGUCAUUUCCACCCUGCUCCAAGGAAGGGCCACAGCAUCAUCUGUUGUGUACCACAGGCCUUCAGCUUUCUGCUCUCCCACCACAGCAUGCUGUUAGUACCACUGAUGGCCCUUACACUGCAGCUGCUGACAUGCCUAGCACCAUCCAGGAUUUAUUGGUGUUAUCUCAACCUCCUAGAGAACCUGCAGUUUGCUCUGUCAGAAACAAAGGGGCUUUGCAAAAAGGAAGGGCCUUUGCUGCAAAAAUGAGAAGCAACAUACUGAACUGUCUGAAAGCAGUGUAGAUGUUCACUUGAAUGA